AUGCCUCUCCAUACAGAAGACAAUCAAGCUAACCCAUAUCAACAAAACGGUUUGCUUAUAGAAGAUUCACUCGCAAAUGCCCCCGCGCCAAGCAUCACGUUACGGCCAUAUCAAGAAGAGGCGAUCCAAGCAUGUGUCGAAGCUCUUGACUCGGGACUUAAUAGGAUCGGUGUUUCCCUUCCAGUUGGUAGUGGGAAAACGACUAUUUUCACAUGUCUAAUCCCUGCCAUCAUUAGUCGACAAGCACGGUACCCUUCGAUCACUGACGAGGACAGCGAUGCACCGCUCAUACGAAACAAAAGAGGAAAGACACUAAUAAUGUUGGAUGGGAUCAAUUUGGCUGAUCAAGCUGAAGCAUCUGUGAGGAGAAUAUUAGGAGAUGAUUGGUCGGUGGAAGUGGCACAAGGUCAUAGAAAAGCAAGUGGACAAGCUGAUAUAACAAUAGCAACCGUCCAAAGUCUCAAAACUCCCUCCACACUGGCCAGAUUCGAUCCUACAGAAUUCAGUCUGGUGAUUGUUGAUGAAGCCCAUCAUGCGAUAUCUGCCAGCUACCUUAAAGUUCUUCAUUACUUCAAUCAAUCAAUACAUGAACCAUCUCAUACAGAGUCAAUUUCAGAAAAGUGCAAAUCGGUCAAAGUGCCCAUCGUAGGUUUCACAGCUACCUUUGAACGAUACGACAAAGUCGCACUCGGUCAUGUCUUUGAAGAUAUAGUGUUUAGUCGAGACGUGAAAUAUAUGCUCGAUAACGGAUGGCUGUCACACCCUAAGCCCAUUAAGGUAGAAGCUUUCCUAGAUUUGAGCACCGUGAAGAAAGGUAACAAAGAUUAUCAAAUCAAAGGCCUAGCAAACAAAGUGAACAUGCAAAACGUGAAUGACUUGGUGGUGAGAAGCUGGCUUGAAAAAUGUUCUGAUCGACGUUCAACUUUAUGCUUCUGUGUGAAUCUGGAGCAUGUCGCGGAUCUUACUGAGGCAUUCGUCACAGCGGGUAUCGACGCUAGAUAUGUGUCUGGGAAGACGGAGCGUAAUGAACUAAAGAGCAUCACGGAUGCUUUUAGAAGAGGAGAUUUUCCGGUUUUAAUUAAUUGUGAAAUCUUCACUGAAGGCACUGAUAUCCCCGAAAUUGAUUGUAUCCUACUUGCUCGUCCCACGAAAAGUAAACCCCUUCUUAUCCAAAUGGUGGGCAGAGGGCUCCGGCUUUCCCCUAAGACGAAUAAACAGGAUUGUAUCGUCUUGAAACUGGUAGACAUACUUUCGGACUGGGGAGAUUUAGACGUCGAGCCAACUCUAUUGGGACAAGCUCUCCCUGAGAAAAGUGGUAUACCCAGUCUAGGUAGUGGGGGGCAGCAUGAAUCUGCAACAGAAUAUCAAAAAGAUACCGAACAUUCCGCAGACAGCUACAGUGUCACAUAUUCGGAGGAGACAGGUGAUGUGACGUCGCCGACGACGACGAUCAGUCCAGCUACAGCGCUAUAUAUCUCAGAUAAUGCUUGGGUUAGGUGUAGUGACCAUCGAUAUGUGUUAUCAGUGUUGGGAGAGGGAUUUAUCGUCCUUGAAUCCUCUAUGGAUAAUGAUAGCGGUGAUACGGCUUGGCAUAUAUCUUAUUUCAUCAAUUCUAAUGGUGAAAAACUUGAUCCAAAAGGUCAACUGGAUCGAAUAAAGACGGUCGGUAGUGUAGGGAACAUUGAAGCAGCUUUCAAGUCAGGAGACGAAACAGCUCAAGAGAUGUUUACACCAGAAAUCCAAAGACAUAUAACGAAGUAUGCGGCAUGGAGAUCAAGAUCAGCUGCCUUCUCUGCCGUCAAGUAUUAUCUGGACUUGAAGGGGAUCGACACACGAGGUAAAACAGAACAAGAAUUGAGAAAUACUGUAAUCGACAUUCAGGGGAAGCCGACUGAAAUUGGCUCACUCACCGUUGGAGAACUGGGGAAUCUUAUCUGUGAAAUCAGGUAUUCAGACUCUGAUCGUAAGAAGGCCAACCAAUCAAAUUCUCAGUGUAGAGGUGAGAACAUGAACCAAGUACCUACCAGCUUACUAUCAUUGCGAGACGAAUUCAAUUAUAGGCCUGGGGCUGAAGAUAAGGACGUCACACGGUUUCAUACUUAA